CUUUGGGGAUAAAUAAAGUUUUGUCUAAGUCUCAAAGUUGAUCCUCACUGGAGGAAUAUUCAUGAAAUGGCAAAUAAUUACAAUUUCUUGUAUUAUUACUUGGGCGUAUUUGAAAGUCACUGGGAUUCAAACCAAGCUUAGCUAGAAACUUUUGACACCUUCAACGUGAUUAUCAAUGACAAAUCACCCAGCCUCAUGAUAUAAUCUGUCAGUAUUCAAGUUUUAUAUAAUUAAAUUUUCGAAUUUGACUUUAUGAGCUUCUAAAUGUGUUUUAAGCAUUUUUUGUAUAGCUGACAUCUAUAGGGCCUACUUUGAAGCAGACGACAUAUGUAUAGGGCCUAUAUUAUAUACUUAUUAGUAGGCCCAUAUACUGAACACAUUGUUUAAUACUUAUUAGGCCUAUAUCAGGCACGUAGCCAGGAUUUGCUAUUGGUGGGUGGGCGAGGGCACCCUCUUGGCUAUGUGCCUGGACCAUAUGCCUAUAUACAGGGUGACCCAAAAAAAAAAAAACAGAACCCAUAACAAUGCUAUUAAAUGCUACUGGGUUCUGGUUUUUUUGGGUCACUCUGUACAUAGUAUGCACACACCUCUGCCACUACAUUAGAAGGCGGCUGGGUUUGGUCAGAAAUUAAUAAUUUUCUGAAUUCUAUGGUUUGAUCCACAUAUGAGAGAAUAUAGGUCUAAAUGCAGUAGCAAAUAUACAGGUAUAUAGGCAGGCUGCUAGGCCUAUAUAUUAUCUCUACAGUACAGCAGGUAAUAUUAGGGGGUUUAUAGCGAUAGGCUUAAUAAUAUUAGGGGGUUUAUAGCCUUAGGCUACAGGUAGGCUAUAUGUGAUAUAGGCCUAGUUGAGGAAUGUUUUAGCUGGGUGUUACAGGCCUAAAUAUUAACAGGAUUAACGGCUGGGAUUAACAGUGCACGGACGUAAUUAUAUAACUUAAUUGUGUAUUGGGUAGGCAGCACCCUGUACAGAUAUAGCAAAAUUGACAAAUAUAGUGUUUACAAUAGACAUACUGCACCUGUAGUGUUCAAGGCAAGUGGUAGCAAAGGGACGAAUACAGUCUACAACUGCAAAAUACAAAAGGGCAAGUAGGCCUAAUUGUAUCACUUCAUCAGCCUAUAGACCCCUUCGCAUGUUUGUAAACAAACCGACCGUUGCCAGGAUGCGCGCGCAGCCUGGACCCAGAAACAAUGGCGCUGCCCAUAGACCGGCAUUAUGAGCUGUCAGAUUAUGCCAAACAAUUGUCGUUACAAGAUCGAGAAUGCUACAUAAAUAAGUUAACUCUAACAAGUGGACAUCGCCUACCGGAUCCGCAUUUAAUUAAAGAGUGGACGGACAAUGUUAGUAAGUUCCCUGGUAUACAAUGGCCAGAUAUAUACUCGUACCUUAUUGACAAGACUUCAGUGUACACCCACGAAAAACUUCGUGCCUACAGGUCUUUAGACGCAUAUAAUUAUGUUAUGUGCGGGCAUGUACAGAACGUGUUUUACACUGAAAUUGAUGAAAACUAAUGUGCUCUGAAGUCAAAAAUCUUACCAAGUCAGCGUCAAGGUCAGAAGGUUGCUAUGUAUGAAGCCUGGGUGGUAUACAACAAGCUGGAAGGCUACGUUUUGACAGCCAAUUGCACAUGUAUGGCAGGGUAAGUAAUCUACCGUAUUGAGUAAGUUGUCAUUGUUUGCCCUUGCAGAUAUUCAUUUAUAUUUUUUAAUGUGAAUUUUAUUGUAGGCUUGGGUCAUGCUGCAGCCAUGCAGCUGCAAUUUUAUUCAAAGUCGAGGUUGUUGUAAGAAUGGGAAGGACAGAGAAAGCAGCAGUCACGUCUGGAGAGUGUGUGUGGAAAGACCUGAGCAAGAAAGAAGUGCAGCCAGCUCCGUUGAGGGAAAUAAGAUUCAACAAAACAAAGAAGCCAGGCAGGCAACUUCCAGAUAGGUGUACUUCAGCAGCUGUUAGAAAUACGACCACAACAGUCAGAGAGUUGACAGAUGAUGAUAUAAAUGAAUUACGGAUUAUGGCACCUGGAGCAGCAGUAUUGACGAGUAUGGACAAUAGUGAUACGGACACCGCAUCAUCCGACUCUGGCACUGAGGAAGAUGAAGACCUACCUGAGCCCUUGACUUCAUUAUUUAACAUCUCAUUCAGAGACCUGUCACCAGAGGAAAUGGAGGUAAAAUGUGAGGAAACCUUCCUCAGGCUAAAAUCUAGACAGCUGCCUCGUCAUUGUGAGCGGGUAGAAUUUGUGUCACGGCAGCAGUCAGAAUCUUCAGAAUGGCUGACCUAUAGGGCUGGUCGGAUAACGAGCACCAGAUUUCACCGCUGUGUGACCACAGAUGAAAAUAUCAGCAAAGCAUACCUAAUGGACAUAAUGCAGUACAACAAAACACAGCUAAAUGUGCCAUCUGUUCUCUGGGGCAAGUCUAUGGAGGAAACGGCCAGACAGACAUACACUGCAGUUAUGGCACAAAGCCAUGAAGGCUUCAGUGUCAGCUCCUGUGGCUUAGUGAUACGGCUCUCUGAUCCACACCUUGGGUCCUCACCAGAUGGCAAUCACACAAUGUACAUGCUGUGGCAAAGGGGUCUUAGAAAUAAAGUGUCCUUACAAAUACCGUGAUGGCCUCCAGGGAAGCACAGAGGACACACAAUUCUGUCUGGACAAAUCACACAUUUUGAAAAAUUCACACCCAUAUUAUUACCAGAUUCAGCUCCACAUGUUCGUGUGUGGUGUAAGCCACUGUGACUUUGUGCUGUGGACAAGAAAGGAGGUCAUAAUGCAACGUGUUCUGAAAAACCAAGCCUUUCUGGAGGAGGCUUUGCCAAAGGCACAAAAUAUAUUCAUUUCCAGUGUGUUGCCAGAACUACUGAUGUGAAGACAUGAGCCUGACUUCAAGACACCUCAAGCCUGCCAAAGCUGUGGAAGGCCCAAAUUUGGAAAAAUGAUAACCUGUGUUGAAUGCAGUAAAUCCUUCCACUACAUCUGUGCAGAAGUUAAAAGGAAAUCAGCAGCUUGGCUGUGUCAAGAAUGUAAACAUUGAUGUCCACUACACACUGAAACCAUGUAACACGCCCUGACUGUAUUAACCAUUGUGCUCAUUAUUGAAUUUGCUUUUAUAUUAUAUAUAUCUGUUGUGCCCCACCUGACUUGAAUCUUCCCAACUGGUGCAGUGUGCCUCACAUGUUGACAGCCAUGGCCCUAAUGCUAUAAUCAAAUAUAUAGUCUGUAAUUGUUUUGUAUAUAGUUAUUUAAUGCCAUUUACACAUGCAUUCCCUAAGACAGUAAAUUGACAUGAAAUCUUCAUUUUCACUACAAAACUGUUUUUGCUUGAUUGCUACCCUCCAAAAACAAAUGACUUUAAAAUUA